AUGUCCACCACUACCGCCGCCCCUUUAACACGCACCCUCCUCUCCUCUAACAAACUCUCCCCCACCCUCCGCCAAAUCGGCAAGAACGCUCCCAAAUCCAUUUCCAAAACAUCACCCUCCUCCUCAUCAAAACCCGCCUUCGUCCAAAAGCCCUGGCAAACCUCUGCCCCUCCCACCCCAACCUCUUACUUCCGCAUAACACUCACACGUUCCUCAAUUGGUCUCCCCAAGAAAUCCUCGCGCGUGUUGAAAUUUCUCGGGCUGCAUAAACGAACAGCUUCUGUGUAUCAUCCUGUUUCUUCGGAUAUAGCGGGUCAGAUUAUGAAGGUUAAGGAAUUGGUGACGGUGGAGGAGACGAAGGAGAAGAUGAGUAAGAGACAAGAGAGGGAAAGAAGGAGGCCGGAAGCGGGUUUUUUUGUUGAGAGGGAGGUACAGGCAGAGUUGAUGGUUUGA